GGUGAUUGUUUAUUUUGCUAGGCCUUUUGUAAGACCUCAGUUUAGAAUCAUUUGUUUUACAGUAUACAUCUUCUUUACAGAAUUCAAAGUAUUUCUACAAAAGAAACAAGGGAAGGCAUCAGUUAUUUAACAGGAUGUGAUCUCCAGCAGGCCUCUGACAUCGUUGAAAUUCCAGCUCCAAAAACAAUUCCAAAGUAUGAUCAUCUCCCUUCAAGUCAGCUGUUAAAUGCUGAAGAGAUCUAUUUUGAUUUGGAAACUACUGGACUCGCAAGGGAUUCUCAUAUUGUGCAGUUGUCUGCAGUUAGAAAUGAUGAGGUUUUCAACAAAUACAUCAUUCCAGAAAAACCAAUGUCCUCAAAAGCUACAGAAAUUACUGGAAUAAAAGUAGUCAACAAUAAAAUGUACCACAAUGAUGAGGAAGUUGAGACAGUCAGCAUUAAGGAUGCACUGAUCCAGUUUAUCGACUUCAUGAAGAAAUCGGAGUCAGAUGCUGUUCUAGUUGGACACAACUCCAAAGUGUUUGACCUUCCUGUGCUGUUCAACAUUUUGAGUAAAUUAAACAUUUUGGAGGCAUUCUCAUCUGCAGUCAUUGGUUUCAUUGAUACCUUACCUCUUUUCAAAAUUUCGCAUCCAAACCUUUCAUCAUACUCACAGUUACACCUCUUUGAAGAAAUUCUACAAGACAAAUACAGUGCGCAUGACUCAUUACAGGAUGUCUUAGCCUUGAAGAGAUUGUUGGACCAUACAGGACCUUCCCCUGAAGUCAAACUUGCUGCAUCUUUCACUUCAAACUCUGCCUUUGCCAUAUUCCAUCACAAGAACACAACAAAAAGUCUAAUGAGCACACUAAAGCCUUUAUUGGACCAAAAGGUGAUUUCGAAUGGAAUGGGAAAUAAGAUUGCCAGCAGUGGACUCUCCUUAUCACACUUACAACUGGCUUAUCGCAGAAAUGGUAGGGAGGGAGUACAGGAUGUGCUGACAGAGAUAACAGAUAACAGUGUGCGUGUGACAAAAUCUAGAAAAAUCAUUGAUUCUGUUGCAGAUUUUCUCAGAUCUGAGCAGUAACGCAGUUGUAUGAUGUUCUUUGUAUGUAACUAUGUUAUUGUUUGUUUGGUUGUUUGUUUGUUUGUUUGUUUGAUUUCUGUGAGCCAGUGCUCACUAGUAAUACCCUCACUCUGAUGUGAAUAUGGACAGACAGGAAUAAACAAAGUUAAUUGACAAUGGAUUCGUACAAAAAUGAAUCCAACCAUAUUUCAUGUCUAAAAAAUUUCAAGCAUCUGUGAUGAGUAGUUGUGGAGAAAACUGUGACAAAAAUUUAUUAUUUGUGGUACAGACAGAUGCACAGAUAAACAGGAAGUUGAAAUCAGAUUCGUCUAAAACCAAUUCCAACUGUGAUGAGUAGUUGUGGAGAAAACUGUGACAAAAAUUUGUUAUUUGUGGUACAGACAGAUGCACAGAUAAACAGGAAGUUGACAUCAGAUUCGUCUAAAACCAAUUCCAACUGUGAUGAGUAGUUGUGGAGAAAACUGACAAAAAUUUAUUAUUUGUGGUACAGACAGAUGCACAGAUAAACAGGAAGUUGACAUCAGAUUCGUCUAAAACCAAUUCCAACUGUGAUGAGUAGUUGUGGAGAAAACUGUGACAAAAAUUUACUAUUUGUGGUACAGACAGAUGCACAGACAAUCAGGAAUUUGACAUCAGAUUCGUCUAAAACCAAUUCCAAAUGUGAUGAGUAGUUGUGGAGAAAACUGUGACAAAAAUUUACUAUUUGUGGUACAGACAGAUGCACAGAUAAUCAGGAAGUUGACAUCAGAUUCGUCUAAAACCAAUUCCAACAUACGGCAUGGCUAAAGAAAGAGUGUGCUAAAACUUAAAGCAUCUGUGAUGAGCAAUUGAGCAUGAUGAGUGAUUGCUGAGAAAAAUUGGACAAAAAUUUGUUACUGACAGAAAGACACACAAGUGUAGAAAGAAAAACAUUAUAAACCCUGUGCUUCAGAGCAGGGGUAUAAUUAUGCCAUGUACUAUUGUUUUUUUCAAUGUUUAUUGUUAUAGGUAGUUUGUAGUUGAACAAAACAUUUUCUUUCCAUUCAAAAUAAAUCCUUAUUUAG